CUGAUGGGUCCAUUGCCGCACUUGAUUCGCAACAGCAAUAGCUAUGGUAGCGAUACCACCCCAACGUUUGAACUAGAUGAACUAGAGAUUCAAAAAGGAUUACUGCAAAUCGGAAAAGGUUUGCAGUUUUUCAACGAUGCACGAGUGGUUCAUCAUAACUUGACUCCAGACGCCGUGUUUGUCAAUGCCAAGGGUGAUUGGAAAAUUGGAGGGGUUCAGUAUCUUUCUCAAUAAUACCAAUGAGACGCCCAAUGAUUCUUAUUUUGAAGUCAAUGACUAUUUGCCAGAGCCAUGUCAGAUCAACUUGGAUUAUACAGCACCUGAAUUCGUCAUGGACAAUGAAAUAACGCAAGCCAAUGACAUGUUUGCACUCGGCUGCCUGGCUUAUGCCGUCCAUAACCAGGGCCAAUCUCUGCUGCAAACAUUCAAUAAUCGACGGACAUAUGAGCGCAAGAUCCAAGCGUUAUCAACCAUGGAAUUCGGAAAAAUGCCAUAUCACUUGCAAGAUGUCCUUCGCCGGUUACUGACGCGGUACCCUUCUCAACGUAUUACGGCGGCUGAAUUUCAGAACUCGAAAUAUUUUGACAAUAUCCUGGUUUCCACCAUGCGAUUUCUGGAAUCAUUUGCGGAAAAAACUCGUGAGGAAAAGGCGCAAUUCAUGAAAGGGUUAUCGCGCGUCUUGGGUCAAUUCCCUGAACGUGUACUAAAACGCAAAAUCUUACCUUCCCUCUUGGAAGAAUUGAAGAACCACCAAUUGCUCCCUUACACCAUCCCCAACAUCUUUAUUAUCAUUCAACAACUGACGCCCCAAGAAUUUUGUGAUCUUGUACUGCCAUCUUUGAAACCGGUUUUCCUUGUUCGCGAUCCUCCACAAAACAUGAUCGUGCUGCUGGAAAAAUUAGACGUGCUUCAGCAGAAAACUCCACGCGAAGUCUUUCGUGAUGAUGUGAUGCCGUUGGUCUAUGCUGCUCUUGAGACUCCGACGGCUAUGGUUCAAGAAAAAGCAUUACGUAUUGUACCCUUACUAGCUGAAUCACUCGAUUAUACCACUGUCAAAAAUUCUUUAUUCCCCCGAGUCCAGACUUUGUUCGUACAAACCACCGUCCUGUCAGUAAAAGUCAGCACAUUGAUCUGUUUUCAUUCCAUGAUUAAAGUAGUGGACAAGUUUACUAUGCAAGAAAAAUUGGUCCCGCUUCUCAAAAAUAUCAAGACAAAGGAGCCGGCGGUCAUGUUAGCUACCUUGGCUGUUUACGAUGAAAUGGGAAAACAUCUCGACAAGGAAAUCGUAGCUACUGAAAUUUUACCGCAACUGUGGAGAAUGAGCUUUGGCCCCUUGCUCAAUCUUGAUCAGUUCCGGAAAUUCAUGCGAACCAUUCGAGAAUUGACGAAUCGGGUUGAAGAAGCGCAUACCCGUCAUUUGCAGGAAGUAAAGUCGCUUGAAGAUCAGACACGCAGUGUGAGCGCCACUCCCGAUUCUGUCAAAGGAGCGGCUGAUAUUAUUGUGGGAGACGAAAAUACAUCGUUUGAAGCGCUUGUUCAAGGCAAACCAGCAACGCCUCAGGUGGGUCACCUUCCUUCUGUGAUGGAUGCCAUGAAUGGUCCAUCCCAGUUGACCUCUGGCAGCGGAUGGUCGACGGCCAGCAGCAGUCCUGCCAUGCGUCCUUUGCAACCCAGUUCAGGCACCACUCAGUUGCGACCUUCGUCGCCGGCUGUGCUUCAGCAGCCAUCAUCACCUGGAUGGACAAACACGAUGUUGCCUACACCGACCCAAGCCCCCAAAUCGUCCAACACAUGGUCCGCAGCCAACACCUUUUCAGACUGGACCACGCCAUCCUCCAGUCCAUUCAUGAACCAACCUGCAUUGUCGACUCCAAGCUUACCUCCUCCUCCUUCGUCCUCCUUUGCCAAUUUAACCAUUCAGUCGAAACCAUCUCCCAACUAUUCCGCUUUGCAUACAUUGACAAGCCAUCAUCCAUCGACGCCCAGUACUGGUAUGGCAUUGCUGCAGCCUACUACCAGAUCAACCGCCACGUCCACCUCCAGCGCAUCUCAACCUGUAGGCCAUAAACUCAACAACUUGAAUGCGUUUGAUCCCCUCGGAUAAAACCGCAUAAUUUUUUGGUCAUCUUUUCAUCGACUUAAAUCUUUCUCAUCAUUGUCAUCACAGUCCUUUGUACUUAUAAAUCAUUGCAGACAGAAAAAAGAACACAUACCUAGAUAACUAUCUGCCUUGUAUAACAGAUCCCAUGUGUACCGCCUGUUGUGCAUAUCUUUGAACGAACCUGCUUGG